AGGUCAGCCGAAGAUAAACUAUUAAACCAACUUUGGGUUUUGGUACUUUUUUCAACUUUCUUAGACAAGUUAGGGUAAAAACUUUACAUAUAGGAAAGGUCUUAGAUAAUUUAAUCUCUAAAUCUGUGCUGAGACUCCAGGUUUUGCUUAAAAUUAUGUUUGCAAAAGUUGAUAAAUACUUAAAAGUGGGCGUCCACAUUUUGUUUGGAAUUUAAAUGUGAUUUGCUGAGAUAUGUAGCUCGUGUUCAACCCAAAACUUUAAGGCCAUUAGUUUAAACAAAACAAACACCACCACUCCCCAUGUCUUUGUGUAAACGGCCAAAGUAUUAAUUGAAAUUACUAACACUUAAGUAGCUAUGUUUGAGAGAAUAAAUCAGUUACUGAAACAUUUCUUUAAAAUUGAAUUGCUGUCUUCUGUGUGUUUGGUAAUAGCUGCGUGAUGGGAUGCGUUAAUCAUGAAAAUGCACCUUUUCCUCUUCACCAAAAAGUUGACUGUGUAUUUUGGUUAGAAAAAUGCUAAUGAUUAAUAGCGUGGUUUAGGUCUGCACAUUUUUGCUAAUUGUUUAGAAGGCGGAGCCAGGAAGAGGAGAUUGCAUUCACAGUCCAAGCUGUCAUUUUGCAAAUACGUUAUGCUCAAGCAGCAUUUGUCUUUCCUCAAGGAACAGAUGUAUUGCCCAGCCCAGCACCGAACGCAGCUUGUGGGGCAGCAGCAGAGGAGCUUCUCUGUCGUAUUGCUCAUGGUGUGAUGGCAGCAAAAAUCUGCUUGGCAGUUUUCUGUCACAGUAGCUGCUUGCCUGCAAGGGAGUUUGCUCGUGCUACCUAUCCCACCAGAAAAUAAUUUAUUGAUCACAGCAAAAUUUUAAGUGGUGUUAGAUGGGAUCUUCCGCCCUUUGCAUAUGAGAAAGGGCUCAUUCCUACUUGCUUCUGUGGGGCUGUUGUCCAAAUGAACGCAUAUAGUGUGAGCCCCUUGACUUGGAGGGGUUCCAGAAAGGCUCAGGAAUCAAGAUAAACAGGAUGGCAUGGCAGAUGUUCUUCAGCAUAGCAAUAAUCACGUCAGUGCUGUGGGUUGGAAGGAGAUGGGAAAUUGUUCCUCUAUGUUCGUGGUUUGAACAAGAGAGAAUUGGAGGCAGGGCAUGUGUAGCAGUUGAAGUAAAUGGUUUGAGUUGUCCAUAAAGCAAAUGUUGAUUGUAGUGCAAGAGGCAGUGAGGCUGCAGACAGGGCUGUGAAACCUAAAGUAUCAUGACCUGGAAUAUGAUAGCUAACAGGUCUGUUACCUGUAUAAUGUAAAAACAGAUUAAAGGUUGAGAGGAACAGUAGGUAAAAGUAAGGGGAGAAACAUUGUGAGAUCUUGAAUCCAGACAAGUCAGAAUUAAGUUAAUAUUGAUAAAAUGCUAAUAAUAAUGAAAACUGUAAAAAUGCACAGUUGAGAUCCAAAGAACUUUUAAUGUGCAAUAACUUCAUGUAAUAACCAUUUGCUUUAAGUAUAUGGUAUGUAUUCUGUUUCAAGUAAACAGAUUUUUAAUGUAUAGUUCUUCCAAGUAGUAUCUUUAGUGUUGUUUAAUGUUGUUUAAUUAGAUGUUUAAUGUAAUUUGAAAAUAUGUGUUACCAAAUAAAUAAUUUAAGCAAUAGAAUGCCUUAGGCCUAGUCUGUCUUUAUAUCAAUUAUUUAAGCUGGAUUUACACUAAGUGCCAGUCUUCCAAUCUGCCAAAACUUACAAGCAAAUCAGUCAAUUCACUUUAUCAUUUGUUGUUUGCUGGUUUAAAAAAUGAGAAUUUAAAAAUGAAGAGAGAAUAAAGUCUAAGUUUUGAAUUUCAGUUCCCCCAGAUUUAUAGAUACAGGUAGUGAGCACUGAGUGUUCUUGGCCCGUUGGUUGCUCUGUCAUGCCAGUAACUUCAGAAGUAUCUGUAAAAUGGAGAAUUAGUUAAUUACUUAAAAUUGAUAGAGGCUCCAUUUUAAGUCUUCUUAUGUGUUGGAGACUGUGCCCAUAACAUUACAUAAUUCCCAUUAAAAAUUCUACUGUCUGUUCCUAUACUAUAUUAAUAAGAAAAUCAUGUCAGUUAAAUGGAUCUGAGUAGGAGGUGCUUCUGUUGUAAAUGUAAUAUUGAUCCUGAUAAUUUUUUUUGCUUGCUUUUGGGGGAGGGGAGGAAGUGGCUUGAAUAGGUGAAAAUUAAUGCUUUGAUUUUACAUUAGGAAAAAUCUGAAAAUCAUGCCAGAUCAGUUGAUACAUCUGUGUGUCCAGUUCCCUUUUGUGAAAUGGAGAUAAAUGCUAAUAACCUUUUCAUUAUUUACUGUGGGUUAAGCUCAUUAACUGAGCGUGAAGUUCUUUUUGUAAAUCCUGUAGUUAUUUGACUGUUAAGAGGAAGUCUUGCAAAGCAUACUGAAAAUAUUUAGUAUAAAGUGAGAACUUACUGAAUGUAACGGUGAAAGAAAACAGUGUUUUAGAACAAUACUGAACUAUUCUAGAAGGUAAUGGCUAUCAUAGCAAUAUUUUGGAUAUUUUGGAUAUCCACGGAUAUCUCAUAUAGGUGCCUAAUGGAUGAGUUUUGUGGAAAACUGCACAGGACUUUGAGGAUUCUGGACCACUGUUACUGAAAUGAUACUACAGAAGGCAGCGAUUGCAUUGUAUUUGUUGAAUGAAACCCAAAUAUUUACUUUCAGUCAAGUGGGUGAAACCCCCUAACUGCAGUUUACAUGUGUAGGUCACUGCGUUACUGUGUUAGUCAUUGUCUCUAUGCAGCAAUGACAAGGCUGGAAGAAGCAAACAGGGAAGUGAACAUGCACUCAUCAGUCAGAUACCUUGGCUAUCUUGCCAGAAUCAACCUGCUGGUUGCCAUUUGCAUGGGCCUUUAUGUCAGAUGGGAAAAAACUGCAGAUGCACUGAUUUUGGUAAUAUUUAUUCUGGGGCUCUUUGUUCUUGGAAUUGCCAGCAUACUGUACUACUAUUUUUCAAUGGAAACAGCAAGUUUGAGUCUCUCCAAUCUUUGGUUUGGUUUUUUGCUUGGCCUUCUCUGUUUUCUUAAUAAUUCUGCCUUCAAAACGGAUGUGAAAGAAGAAGCUACUAAAUAUCUGCUCCUCUCUGCCAUUGUUUUAAGGAUAUUAUGUGCUUUGGUUGAGAGGAUUUGUGGCUGUGUCCAUCAUCGACCGACUCUACUGACAACAGUUGAAUUUUUAGAGCUAGUCGGAUUUGCCAUUGCCAGCACAACUAUGCUGGUAGAAAAAUCUAUGAGUAUUAUUCUGUUGGUCAUGGCUUUGGCCAUGUUGAUUAUCGACUUACGUAUGAAGUCUUUUUUGGCAAUUCCGAAUUUGGCAAUUUUUGGAGCCAUUGCAUCCCUACUCUUUUUUCCAUCACUGCAAAUUCCCACAAACCCUUUUGCCUUGGCAUGUUUCUUCAGCUGCCUGAUUUCUGAUCCCCUUCUCGACGUUUACUUCAGUGGACUUUCAGUUACUGAACGGUGGAAGCCCUACCUGUACCGUGGCAAAAUUUGCAGAAGGCUUUCUGUCCUCUCAGUUGGAGUUGUUGAACUCACCUUUUUCAUUCUUGCAGCCUUUAAACUACGUGAUUUGGAUCUCUGGUAUUUUGUGAUACCUGGUUUUUCUAUUUUUGGAAUUUUCUGGAUGAUCUGUCAUGUGAUUUUUUUUAUAACUCUUUGGGGAUUUCACACAAAACUAAAUGACUGUCACAAGGUAUACUACACCCACCGUGCAGAAAACAACAGCUUGGACAGAGUUAUGGCAUCUAAAGGAAUGCGUCACUUCUGUUUGAUUUCGGAACAGCUGGUGUUCUUCAGCCUGGUUGCGACUGCUGUUUUGGGGGCUGUCUCUUGGCAGCCAGCCAAUGGGAUCUUCAUGAGUGCGUUUCUCAUUGUUUUACCUCUGGAGUCCAUGGCUCAUGGGCUUUUCCAUGAGCUGGGAAACUGCUUAGGAGGAACGUGUGUUGGGUAUGCUGUUGUGAUUCCCACCAACUUUUGCAGUCCUGAUGGCCAACCAACUCUUCUUCCACCUGAGCACGUACAAGAGUUAAAUCUGAGGUCUACUGGCAUGCUUAAUGCCAUCCAAAGAUUUUUUGCAUAUCACAUGAUUGAGACAUAUGGUUGUGACUACUCUACAAGCGGACUGACCUUUGAUACUCUUCACUCCAAGAUCAAGUCUUUUCUUGAACUUCGGACAGCAGAUGGACCCAGACAUGAUACCUACAUUCUGUAUUACAGUGGUCACUCACAUGGCACUGGUGAAUGGGCACUGGCAGGGGGUGAUGCUUUACGACUUGACACGCUCUUGGAGUGGUGGAGAGAAAAGAACGGCACUUUUUGUUCUCGGCUGAUCAUCGUUUUAGACUGUGAGAACUCUCAGCCUUGGGUUAAAGAAGUAAGAAAAGUAAAUGAUCAGUAUGUUGCCGUGCAAGGAGCAGAAAUGGCCAGAGUUGUAGACAUUGAGGAAGCAGACCCUCCACAGCUUGGUGACUUCACCAGGCAAUGGGUUGAGUACAACUGUAACCCCGACAGCAACAUCAGCUGGUCCGAAAAGGGACGUACUGUGAAAGCAGUGUACGGUGUGUCAAAGCACUGGAGCGACUACACUUUGCAUUUGCCAACGGGAAGUGAUGUUGCCAAACACUGGAUGAUAUACUUCCCACGCAUUACCUAUCCACUAGUACAUUUGGCAAACUGGUUUUGUGGUCUCAAUCUGUUCUGGGUCUGUAAAGCGUGCUUUAGGUGCUUGAAAAGACUGAAAAUGAGUUGGUUUCUUCCCACAGUGCUGGACACAGGACAGGGUUUCAAACUUGUCAAAUCCUAAUUAACAACCAAAGAGGAAAUGAAGUGAGAGCUCUGGGAACUUUCUCACUGUACCAUACUUAAAAUUUUUUAUCUUACUCUUUUUCUCUGAAAAAGUCUGCUACAUUCACCUAAUUCAGCUCUUUGAGCAGCUAUACUAUAUGCAAGUUAGAAACUGCAAUCUUAAACAGAAGAUUAUGAUAUUUUGAGUUUUCUUACAGGUCUGUAUGUACAUAUAUGAGACUUAUUUAAUAUGACCGUGCAUUCUGGAGACAGAUCGCAUGUUCCUAUGGGUUUCUUAGAGUAGGCUUUGUUCAGAGACACAGUUUGAUGGACAGGAGCUCCUGGGAAUGUUACAGCACACUCAUCUGUCAUUAUGUCCGCUAUAUAGUUCAAAUAUAGGAAAGGAGCCAAGCUAGUACUCCAGUCAAUUUACAUAUCCUUGAAAUUAUGUGGGGGUAUCAAGAGUAUUACAAAACAGCACUGAGCCAAAAAGAAAAAAAAAUAGCUACAGCAGAAGAAUAGCUUAGUGUAGGUAAGUAGCUACCAAGAAUGUUUAGUUUUACUAAACAUUAUAUCUUCAGCCCAGCCUCAGUUCUCUACUGCCAUCAGUGGAAAUUUGCCAUAGAAAACAGGGAAAUCAGACAACCCUCUGAUGUUCUGGUGCUGCUCAUUGUUUGCUGAAGUGAGUUUUAAAAACAUUCAGUGUUACUUCCAAUAUUCAAUAUCUUUGCUGCUGAUCUUUGGAUAUAUAUUCGCAGUAGUUAAUUCAUAUAUGGAAUACAAACUGCACUGAGCAUUUUUCCCUUACCUGUUAGGGUGGUUUGGUCUUUUCCAGGCUCUUACUAGUCUGUACUUUGAAAAGCUACCCUGAAGAAAACAAAACAAAAUAAAAUCCAAGGAAUUUAACAAAGAAAAUAAUCCAUAGAUAAAAAAUGGAAAUACAAGUGUUGCCUUGCUUCCGUGUUUAUCUGAAGUCUUUGCUGUGCCUAAGACCAUGAUAAUGUAAAAUGCUGAGUACAGGGUUGGACCAAUGAGUUCAUUAACUAUUAAAACCACAAGCAAAGUUUGUUGGAAGGAAUGCAUUAUUCCCUUGGGAAUCCUGAGUAUUCCUUAAGUCUGUUCUCCGACCCAUAAGGUCAUAGUUUUAAUCCUUCCACUUACAGAGCUGGAUGGGACUCCAGAAAUCCUGUCCUGGCCUUUCGUUCAGUUAGAGAAGCUGCAUAGCUUUCUGAUCUCAUCUCUCAAGUACAGAACAUAAGUAGUGAAACAACUAAGUGGCUGAAACAGUAAUAUUUGUGGUUUUUUAUUUGCGUAUGUCUGUGCAAUUUACUAGACCUAGAGUUUACUUUUUUCUGUUUUCAUCGGUAUUUCAAUAAAAAUGUUAGGUACUAGCUGAUACUUGUCUUAAAUGUAACUUUUUUUAAAUUUAAAUACAUGCAAAUAGUAUAAUAGCUCUUUAAGUCUUUGCCAUCGUGAUUUUUUCUAAUGCCAUGUGAACUUUUUACCUAGCUAAGCUAGAGAAUCUGGUGACAGUGAUACCCAUCAUUAACUCCCAGAAUAAAUAAUGAGAUCUACAAUAGCCAAAGCAAUUUGCACGCACCAACUUCAAAAUGGUGAUUUUUUCAGAGUUACAAAUGACAGCCACUAAGUUUCUUCAUUACUCUAUAUUGCACGAUGUUGUUUAGCAAGACACCACCCCACCAUCCCUUUCCCUCUUUCCAUCCCCUUCCAUAAUGUAAAAAGGGGAUCUAGAAAUGAGAGAAAAGAGAUAUCCUGUGAAGACUUAAUGCCUUUGUGUCUUGUCUAAUUAAGUGCUGUGAUUGCAGUUCAUAAGAGGUGGCUGUUCUCAGUAAGGACAGAGGGUACUUAACACCAUCUAACUUCAGGUAUCCAACUUAAGUUCCUAAUGUGGGAGUGUGAGGUAGGAGUCAUGUCAUUUAAUUUCAGGUGUCCAAAAGCCAGACAUCUGAAUCCAUGCUAGUGACCCGAAGUGCUCCACUGCUCAUUAACAAAGAGAAGUAAAUAUUUCCAGAGGAGGACCGAUCUGAUCUCUGUUUUAGGAUGAUUUUUCCUGUGAUUAUGCACAUUACAUUUGUUUUGGUUUCAUGCACAGACAAAUCCCAUAUGUCUCUUGAAUAACUUUAGGGCACCUCUGUUCUAAGCUGUCCUGUGGAGCCUGGGCUGGGUACGUAAGCUCCUAAUUCAAGCGCGAGUUGGAUACAAGAAUCUGUUGGGUUGCAGAAAAGCAGCACUGCCUCUUCCAUUUUUGCUCAACAACCCUUGAGUACAGAUGCAUAAAGGCAGUCAUUUGGUUUGUAAAAUCUCCAUUAUUUUGACUGCUCUUUCAGGAAAAGUUCAUCUGAUUGCAUUAUAAACCAUUACAACUUGAGCCUUAGAAAUUUUUAAUUAAGUCUCCAUAAAGCAACAUCCGAUAGUCACCUUUUGAACAUUUGAAGUCAAGAAGUUAGUCCUUUCUGUUUUGGACAAGCUUUGACUAUCAACCAUAACUCUCCCUACUAAUUAUAAUGGACAGAUCUUAAUGGGUAAAUCUCUACUUGCUACUGUUACAUUUUCAUGGACAUCAUCUGUAUCUUUCUUUUGUACAACAAGGAGAACAGGAAUGGUGUGGGACUGAGACUGUGAGUAGGAUCCACUAUGCAGUGUAGUGAUGGGCUUAGCUUUGGGCAGAAUAAACACAACAAUUGGUGUUGCUCUUUUGCCUCUGGUUAUUAAAUGGUUUCCAGCUUACUUAUCAAACUGUUAGAUUUUUUUCUAGGAGAAACUGGGCUAUCUUCAGCUGUUUGCUGAAAGUUAGAUAAAGAGCCAGCUAAAAAUGUGGCAAACAUAUUAUUUGCAAAACUAAUCAUGUCUUUGCAGACUUGUUGCAGGUUUUGCAGUUAAAGACCUCUGAUUUUCUGAAUUUGAAAUAGUUGUAACAUGAGCUAAUGUAUUUCUACUUUUGAUUUUGUUAUUUUUUUAAACAACAAAGGCAUGGUGAAAAUGCUGAUUUAAACUAAAAGAAAUGUUUACAGCUAUUUGAAUUAUGACACCGUUUUGUACAAAGAGACUGUCAUGUAUUUCAAAACACAGUAAAACCAAGGCUGUGGAUGAUGAGGAAUUCAACCACGUUAGUUCUUCACUUCUACGCUGACUUACAUCGAGGCAUCCUACCAUGACCAACAUUCCCAGAUGGAGCUUUUCUCCAGCUCCUCGUUCUCGUGCCUCUGCAGGUCUCUGCCCAGCCUGGGUGUGUGCCUGCAGGACAAACACCAGGAGCUCCUGUAAUCUAUGUGAGGAGUUAUCCCUCUUCUCUUCCUUGUAUAAAAGACAGGGGCAAUGCCUGAAAGAGAAAUUUAAAUUUAAUUCCAAAGAAUGUUACAUAUUCUCUCAGUUCCAUACAAGUUGUUUAGCGGUAGCGUGUACAAAUUUCUAGGUAGAGAAAAAUCUGAACCUUUUUUUCAAGAGGUUUGUCUCUCUAUUGUAUAUUCAGACAUUUUGUUAUAAAGCUUGUUAUAAAUUUGUGUCACAUUAGUAAUUUUAUGUUGACUUUGUUUCAUUUACCUCCUCUGUAUCAGCCUUGCUGAAACAUGCAAAUGUACUGAGUCCCAUAGAUUUAAGUCUUUUACAGGAACUCAAAUUGCAUAUUCGCGGUAAUAUUUUUCUCUGAACAAGUAUUGGGGGGAAAAAAGCCAUUGUUCUUUGUUUUUGCACUACUAGAGUUAUGUAUUUGCAGUUCCUUAUGCUUUAUAUGCCUUGUAGUUGUUGUCAUCUAGUCUCUAGUUGAAGUUUUUCCCAGAAAUAAUGUUGUUUAUUUUGUAAAGGCAUAGUUAACACUAUGCUGGCUGUAAAGCACCUUUGUUGCAAGCAGUAGACAAUGAAACUGUGUUAAUUUUCUUGUUUAUAAAUACCUUUUUGUGGGAGGAUUUUUACUGGAUAUACAGUUUUUAGAUCUGUAAAUAGAUUUUUGAGUGUAUUUGUGAUAUUACUUAAAUAUAUUUUGCUGGUUUGGAUGCUCA